AUGGAGUCUGGCUUGGACACUGGUGGCAUUAGCCAUGCCUGGCCAUCCUACAGUGCGAAGUGGAAGCACCAGGCAAUGUACGAGUUGCGCGCAGCCAUUCGCUACCGUCAGAGUGUCGCGGAGGGGUACGCCCGUGUCGAGAAAAAUCUGGGGAAGAUUUCCGAGUCGCUGGUGCAUCAAGCACUGUUAGCGAGUGAUCCAGACGACGGCCAGAACCUCAUGGCAUACGCUGCCAGAUGGGGGCGGGAGGAGUGGUUCAUCUAUCUCAUCCAACACAUUCGAGAUCAGCUUGGGUUCAAUGCUCUCGUGAAGCAGCUGCGGGCAAGGGACAUCAACGGCGCACCCUUGCUGUUUCUCGCGGCAUCCAGUCGUAGCUCAGAAAACUGCUUCCAAACGGUCCAUGAUGCGCUCAGCGCUGUCUUGGGGAGAGGCGGCCUCGUGGAGCAGGUGGCAGCGAGAGAUGGCAUGGGGAGGACGGUCGUGAUGUACGCUGCGAGAGGCAACGAUGUGGAGGUGUUUCACCGCGUGUGGAACAUGUACCACCACCACCAGCGUACGUUUUCCGCUGCUGGGGAGGGAUUAGGAGGCUCUCCUUCCGGCGCCUUGACCAAGGUCGACCACACAGAAAGAAACGUGCUCCAUCACGCCGCAGAAGCCGGCUGCCUGGACGUGCUCUGCGAGGUUCUUCUCCUUGUUAGGCGGAUUUCUGGCGAUAGCAAAACGAUGCACAAGCCCGACAAGAACGGGCUGACGCCCUUGCACCACGUGCUCCGCGCCAAGUACGGAGAGCCUGAGGGUCGAGACGAGAUCCGUCCCAAGUUUGAAAAACUCUGGCUUCACAGCAACAAGGGCAGCUUCAUGGUGCCUCGGAGAGUGAUGCCAAUGCCAUGCGUGGGACGGACUGGCGUCGCUGUCAUGGCGGUUACGGAGCUCAUCCACGCGGCUCGAGGAGGCCUACCCUCGCUCAAGUUGGUUCUAGCCAAGAUUCGCCUCAUGAAAUUUUGGCGAAAAAAGCCCGACAGCGCAGUUGUUACGGUCAACGAAGCGCUACGUGUAACUGUCGACGGAAAGAAGGGAGACGAGGAUACCCCUGGGCAGGGGGAACUCGAUGCGUGGGGGUGGGGCAUGCUCUUGGCUGCUGCGGCGAAGGGUGGGCAUGUAGACGUGCUCGAAACCGUUGUGCACGCGAUUAAGACUGGAAGUUUCGUCGAGGAUGUCUCCGAAAGAGCUGCCGACCAGGGACAAGCGACGAACACAUGCCAGGAGCUUGAACCGGUGGACAGGGCAAUCGAGGCCAUCCUUUCGAGCGGAAGCUCGUUGUUCGGGCUGGCCGUGCUGUCGGGAAAAGUCGAAGCGGUGUUGUGGGUCUACCAGUUCUUGGCUCAGCGCUGCCCGCACCAGUUGUGGGAGAACGUCCGUGGAGCACAGGGCAAGAUCAGCCCGUUGACUUGCGCCUCAUCCUCAUCGAUGAAAAGCGAAAGCCAUGGCACGGAGAUCCUGGUCGCGGUGUACACCUGCCUACGGGAGAGCAGCAGUACUCCGCUUGCCGGAGCGGCGCUGAGUGGUAACUGGGUCCUGUUCCAGAGGGUCUACAACAUGUACGAGAGCCUCACCGGCCGAAGAUGGUCUCGAGACGAGCUGUUGGGCCAUCUCCCAAUAGCGUCCCAGGAAAAAAUCAUCCUAGGGGAGCCUCAGGCUAUACACGAGUGCGCCCCACACGUGCACACCUCCUUAGGACGGGGUGCGGGGAAUGUGACGGCUGUCAUGUGGCGAGACCUGGUCGAGGCAUAUCAGCGUGCCGAAGGCGAGGCCUCGGAGGAAGGAAUAUCGGAGGUUCCGUCAUGGCGGCAAACGUUCAUGUCGCUCUCGGGGAAAGCGGUCAGGUCGGCGACCGAAAACGGGACGUUCGAUGACCUGCGGGAACUUGUCAAAGAGGGCCUUCCUCUACACGACGAUCUCAUCCCAACUCUCUUGAAAAGGGCUGAAGACCAAGGGGAGGUCAUGGACAUCGUCAUGUACGCGGUCGGCAACGCUAGGUGA